AAGUGAAAAAUAAAAAAUAAAAAAUUCCAACGUACAAUACUCGCUUGGGUAAAUGCAUAAACAUGAAUUGGGUGGAGCGGGUUGUAAGUUGUGCGCCUCAUCCAGCAAUCACUUGAUUCUUCCCAGUUUUGUGUUUGUGCUAAAUUACGAAUUUCGAAUUCCAACCAUAACCAAUGAAUAAAUUUGGAAAGUGCGCGCAUAUUACUUAUCAAUUCUGCAAGAUUUCCCAUUGAGUUGAGUUCAGUUGAGUUGGUGUCGGGUACGGCAGGCUGACAAACAACAGCAAAGGAGAAAUAUCAGUAACAUCAGCAGCAGCAGCAACAGCAGCAGAAUGACGGCGAAACGACAACUUUCGCUUGUUGCAACCCCCUUUCUAUAUCAUCCAGAUAGUUUAACCAACUUUUGCUUGUUUGCCCACCAAGCAAAUACGUUGCCAACUUGGAGGAUAUAUGCGUCGAUGCCAAGGAGAAAGUUUGUUGGGAAACUAUUCCUGCAAUUAUAUGAAAUAAUGCCGAAAUCAGAAAAUAAACGCAUAGAAUGUGACACAGAGCAUUCGGCGCUCCUUAGAUGUAUGCAUGUGUGUGUGAAUAUAUGUAUGUAUAUGCGCAUAAGCUUGUAUGUGUGCAUUCUAGCAUGCAAGUGCAGGCAUACAUUUCUCUUGCCACUUGCCCACGGAAACGGAUGUGAAAAUGCAAUUGUUUGCGAUGUGCUUCCCAUACCACUUGUGGCAGCCAAGCAACAUUGCGUGUAUCAAAAACCGAAGAAAUGGUGGAGGAGCUGUUGUUAGAUCCUGUUUGCAUGACACCGACACUCGCAGGUGGCUGAUAGAUUGCGGCUGGUGGCUUUACACGCUCACCUCGUAUGUGCUCCCAAAACGCACAUUUUUCCCUACUUUUCAAAUUCUUUCACAUGCAUGGCAUAUAUCUUUGUUUUUGGAACUGCGAAAGUUUUCGAGCGCACACCUAUGGUUAUGCCUUGCUGCGUACGUGUGCGUAUUUCUGCCUGUGAGUACACGAAAUUCUGCCACCAAUUACACUUGAGAGGUGAAAGAAGCUGAUAAGGUGAAAAGUUUUUGGAAGCACCAGCACAGGCGCUGGUAGUAAAUAUUCUGAUCUUUUUUCGUUGCUGAGCCUCUGCGGAAGUAUACAUUUGAAGCGAGUCAACCAAUAAACCGAGAAUGGAGCGCGGAUUGCACGAUCGUGAUCGCGCGGGCGUACAAGAUUUUGUGCUGCUCGAAAACAUUCAAAGUGAAGAGGCAUUUAUCGGAAAUUUACGCAAACGUUUCCAAGAAAAUCUAAUCUAUACUUAUAUCGGUCAAGUGCUUAUAUCAGUAAACCCUUAUAAACAGUUGCCAAUCUAUAGCGAAAAUGACAUCAAAGAAUAUCGAAACAAACACUUCUACGAGAUACCACCACAUAUAUUUGCAGUGACGGAUAACGCUUUCCGGUCAUUAAUUGAAGAGAAUAAGGGCCAAUGUGUUUUAAUUUCCGGCGAGAGCGGGUCUGGGAAAACGGAGGCUUCUAAGAAGGUAUUACAAUACAUCGCCGCCUGCUCUGGCCACCAGUCCACCGUUGAAAGUGUGAAGGAAAAAUUACUCAAGAGUAAUCCGGUGUUAGAAGCUUUCGGCAAUGCCAAAACGAAUCGAAAUGUCAACUCUUCACGCUUCGGCAAAUAUAUGGACAUACAAUUUGACUUUUCGGGUACACCAAUCGGUGGACACAUUCUCAACUAUUUGCUGGAAAAGUCGCGCGUCGUCAAUCAAAAUGCGGGUGAACGUAACUUCCAUAUUUUCUACCAACUCUUGGCUGGUGCUAGUGAAGAGGAGUUGAAACAAUUGCAGCUUAAACGUUCGCUGGAUUCGUAUUGUUAUCUAAGUGAUGGGCAAAAGGGCGUUGUGAGAAGCAUUGACGAUGCCGGCGAUUUCAAGGUCGUAAAACAGGCCAUGAGCGUCAUCGAUUUCACGCAAGCGGAGCAAAAGGAGAUUUUCGACAUCGUCGCAAGUGUGCUGCAUUUAGGCAAUGUGGGUUUCAAUGAAGUCGAAGGUAUUGCUAAAGUGGUGAAACCCGAUGCAGUUGCUGCGAUUGCUAAAUUGCUGGGCGUUAAUCAAAAUGAACUGAUCGAGGCGCUCACCAAUCGCACAAUCGAUGCACGAGGCGAUGUCGUCACGUCACCAUUGAAUCGCGAGUUGGCCAUUUAUGCACGCGACGCACUCGCAAAGGCUAUCUACGAUCGCCUAUUCACCUGGCUUGUGCAACGUUUAAAUAUCUCUCUGCAAGCCAAGGAUCUGCGUGAUGCACUGAACAAUGUUAUGGGUAUCUUGGAUAUUUAUGGCUUUGAGAUUUUCAAAAAGAAUAGCUUCGAACAGUUUUGCAUUAACUUCUGCAAUGAGAAGUUGCAGCAAUUGUUUAUUGAGCUGACGCUUAAAUCCGAGCAGGACGAAUAUCGUCGUGAAGGCAUUGAAUGGGUGCCAGUGGCAUAUUUUGAUAAUAAAGUCAUUUGUAAUUUGAUUGAGGAAAAAUAUAAGGGUAUCAUUUCCAUACUCGAUGAAGAGUGCUUACGGCCAGGCGAACCCACCGAUAUCACAUUCUUGGCGAAACUUACCGAUAAGCUGUCUUCACAUCCGCAUUACAUUUGUCAUGAGAAAUCCUCGAUACAGGUGCAAAAGACAAUGGGACGUGAUGAAUUCCGUUUGGUGCACUAUGCCGGCGAUGUGACUUACAAUGUCAACGGCUUUUUAGACAAAAAUAACGAUCUUUUAUUCAGAGACUUGAAGGAGACCAUGAGUAAGGCAGACAACGAAAUUAUACGCUCCUGCUUCCCAGAGGGCGAGUACAAGAACAAGAAACGUCCAGAUACUGCUAUUACUCAGUUCAGGAACUCUUUGAACAAUCUUAUGGACAUCCUUAUGUGCAAAGAACCAUCCUACAUACGCUGUAUUAAACCGAAUGACCAGCAACAGUCGGGAAUAUUUGAUGACGAAUUGGUGCUGCAUCAGGUGAAAUACUUGGGUCUGAUGGAGAAUUUACGAGUACGUCGUGCUGGCUUCGCUUAUCGCAGAUCUUACGAAACGUUCCUUAACCGCUACAAGUCGCUUAGCAAGGCCACCUGGCCGAACUUCAAGGGCUCACCCAAAGAAGGCGUACGCAUACUCGCCACCGAUCUACACUAUGGCCCGGAAGACUAUCGUUUAGGUGAAACUAAAAUUUUCAUACGCUUCCCCAAAACACUUUUCGAUACAGAGGACGCCUUCCAGGCGAAGAAACACGACAUUGCUGCCAUAAUACAAUCACGUUGGAAGGGACGCCAGCAGCGUAAGAAAUACCUCAAACUACGCGAGCAAAUCAUCACAUUGCAGUCGUAUUGUCGCCGACAUCUGGCCAUUCAGGCGCUACAGCGGCGCCGUGAGGCUGCCAACAAAAUACGUGCCUUCAUCAAGGGUUUCAUUACACGCAACGAUGCGCCGAAUGGCUACAACGAAGAUUUUAUUGCGAACAUGAAACGCAUGUGGCUUAUGCGCUUGGCCAAGCAAUUGCCAACCAAAGUGUUGGACGAGAGCUGGCCACCUUCACCGGUACACUGCCAAGAGGCAUCCACCUACCUUCAUCGUUUGCAUCGCUUGCAUUUGGCACGCAAAUAUCGCCUGAGUUUAUCUAAUGAGCGAAAACGCCAAUUCGAAUUGAAGGUGUUGGCCGAGAAGUUAUUCAAAGACAAAAAAGCUAACUAUUUGGCCAGUGUGCCAUAUUGGUUCCAAAACGAUCGUACGCCCAAGGAAAAUGCUGCAGAAAUCAACAACUUCAUUGCCACUUCCUUAAACGGCGAGAAUUUGAAAUAUGCGUCGCCAUGCACAAAGUACGAUCGUCACGGCUACAAGCCAAGGGAACGCUUUGUGUUGCUAAGCAACAAGGCGCUCUACGUUUUGGACGGCAAGAGCUACAAACAGAAGCAUCGUCUGCCGCUGGAAAAGAUCGAUUUUGUUACCACAAAUCAUAGCGAUAGCCUGCUGGUAAUACGUAUACCUCUUGAACUAAAGAAAGACAAGGGCGACUUAAUCCUUGAGAUACCCUAUAUCGUUGAGUUCGGCACCUUGGUGGUGGACACUGUUGGCACGGCCAACAUACUUAGCAUCGUUAGUCGCGACUCUUUGGAGCACAACGUCGUUAAAGGCAAGGCAGGCGUUAUCGAUAUUCAAACUGGCGGCGAGCCAGGCAUUAUACGUGAUAAGGGUGGCCAUCUUGUUGUUAUUGCUGGACAAUAAAUAUCAGAUAGAAGUGUUAACUACCUUUAACAAGAAAUCAGGGCUUUAAAGACAACGGAUGUAUUUUAUAUAUUUUGUUAUAUUUGUUAUCUGAAAUUUGCAGCAGUAUCAUUCCAGAUUUUAUACAAAUUUUUUAACUAUACACGUACAUAUGUAUACAUAAGUAUUUUAUUGUAUGUAUGUAUUAAUGUGUGCGAACGGUAUUUACUAAAAUAUUAUAAUUUAUUUCAUAUAAUAAACAAUUGAUUGUACUAUAAUAAA